AACCGUCCUUCGGAUCCCCGCCUCUCCACUCCUAACGCUUUACUCCCUACUCCCCCUGCGACCACUACACAGCCGGCUACGGAGGCCCCUAACGUACAAAUAUCCCCCAAGCCCUUGCGUAUCCUGAUAGGUUUUGUCCUUUCUUACUCCACCCAGUCUUAAGGCCUUGUGUUCAAUUUUUCUCCGGGAUUCAGACUAGAGAGUUUCUUCCGGCGUAAGGAACUUCAACGCUCUUCACGGAAGUAAAAGUGUUUUUUUCAUUGUUGUUGCCGUUGUGGCUGCCCGCAUUCCUUCCCUCCCACCUCGCGGAAUUGUGGCGGGAGGGGGAGGAGGUAGUCAGGGCGCCUGCGCCGAGAGGCCGCUUUCCAUCCGGGUCCCUGUCCGUGCGGUGCAGCAGGUCGGUAGGCGGGAAAUGGCGACUGGCUGAAGGAGCUGGUUCUGUUGCUGCUGCGGGGUAAGCGGGAAAGACACCACACAUUGCGCAGUCGGGACCAUCGCCGGAGCCUGAGGACACUUCUCUGUCGUCACAGUUAGUUUUACAUGUGGCACCCAUAAAAGAUGAGGCUGAGAACUCGGAAAGCUUCUCAGCAGUCAAAUCAAAUCCAAACACAACGCACUGCCAGAGCAAAGAGGAAAUAUUCAGAGGUUGAUGAUAGCCUGCCUUCAGGAGGAGAAAAACCAUCAAAGAAUGAAACCGGCUUGUUGUCUUCAAUUAAAAAAUUUAUUAAAGGAAGCACACCUAAGGAAGAGAGAGAAAAUCCUUCAAAACGGAGUAGAAUUGAACGUGAUAUAGAUAACAAUUUGAUCACGUCAACACCAAGAGCAGGAGAAAAACCUAACAAACAGAUAUCUCGAGUAAGACGGAAAAGUCAAGUAAAUGGAGAAGCUGGUAGUUAUGAAAUGACAAAUCAACAUGUAAAACAAAAUGGAAAAUUAGAAGAUAAUCCUUCCUCUGGCAGUCCUCCAAGGACUACUUUGUUGGGGACCAUAUUUUCACCUGUCUUCAACUUUUUUUCACCAGCAAAUAAAAAUGGAACAUCAGGAUCAGAUUCUCCAGGACAGGCUGUGGAAGCUGAAGAAAUAGUAAAACAACUUGAUAUGGAACAGGUGGAUGAGAUCACUACCAGUACUACUACAUCAACUAAUGGAGCAGCUUACUCAAAUCAAGCAGUUCAAGUGAGACCAUCAAUAAACAAUGGUUUAGAAGAAGCAGAAGAAACAGUUAAUCGUGAUAUCCCACCCCUUACAGCACCAGUAACUCCAGAUAGUGGUUACUCGUCAGCCCACGCAGAGGCCACCUAUGAAGAAGACUGGGAAGUAUUUGACCCCUAUUAUUUCAUCAAACAUGUCCCGCCACUGACAGAAGAACAACUAAAUAGGAAACCUGCUCUUCCGUUGAAAACAAGAAGCACACCGGAAUUCUCCCUAGUUUUAGACUUGGAUGAAACACUAGUGCACUGUAGUCUAAAUGAGCUAGAAGAUGCAGCACUUACUUUUCCAGUCCUUUUCCAAGAUGUCAUUUAUCAGGUUUAUGUGAGAUUAAGACCAUUUUUCAGGGAAUUCCUGGAACGAAUGUCUCAGAUGUAUGAGAUCAUUCUUUUUACUGCUUCUAAGAAGGUGUAUGCAGACAAGUUACUGAACAUACUAGACCCUAAAAAGCAACUGGUCAGGCACCGGCUUUUCCGUGAACAUUGUGUUUGUGUACAAGGAAACUAUAUAAAGGACUUAAAUAUUCUCGGAAGAGAUCUUUCAAAAACUAUAAUAAUUGACAACUCACCACAAGCCUUUGCAUAUCAGCUUUCUAAUGGAAUCCCUAUAGAAAGUUGGUUUAUGGAUAAAAAUGACAAUGAACUCCUAAAAUUGAUUCCAUUCCUGGAGAAGCUUGUAGAACUGAAUGAAGAUGUUCGACCACACAUCAGAGACAGAUUUCGCUUGCAUGAUUUGCUGCCCCCAGAUUAAGUACAAAGACUUGUCAAAUCACUGAAGGGGGAGAGAAUGCAGGACCCUUUUGGACUAAGACAAAAACAUUGCCAUUACUGUUGAAAUUUUGCAUUUUUGUACCCCGUCUUGCUUUUCUUAUCUUUGGUGCCCAAUAAUAAUCAAGGGUUACAGAAAGAGACUUUAUCUAUCUCAGAUCGAAUACAUAUAGUAGGUAGGCUAAAACAGAAGAGUCUUUAGAACUAGUGCAACUCCAGUGAAAUUUUUUUAUGUACAGGACAUCUGCAGUUUAUAAAGAAUUCUGUUUCUGCCACCAGCAGUUUGACCUGUAGUCACACAGGAUUUUAUGAUAAUAACAGAGAUGAAAAUGGACUUUUAUUUUCUCUCUGUUUGGUGCUCUAAGUGGGUUUGUAGCCACUUUUCUGUUACUUUAUGAUUCUCAUUUCAACAGGAAUGGCCAGUAAAAGUUGUUUUAUUUUUCCUGUUAAGGUUUAUAACCUUUUUACAUUUUUGACCUGUAUUAGAUUAGAAUUUCAUUAUGCAUUCCGUUUAGUUGAGGCGCUUCAUAGUUUUCUGGAGAUAGUCAGUUUUUAGUUUUUUAUUAUACAUUUGAAUGGCCGUUUUCCUGCUUUGUCUGCCUGCACAUUGUAUAUUUGUUUAAAAAUAUUCUCUACUUUUAGUCCAUGUAAGUUUCAUUUAGAAAGACAUGCAUUUAUAUUUUGUUUCUGUAAUAUUCUACUGUAGGUGAAAUCUUUUCAAAAAUCAAGAGACUGGGUAGAUAAGAAUAUAUGAAUGACUAAUAUACAAAAGAUUUAAACCAUUGUGAUGGCGUAUAUUCUCAAAUGGUAAUAUCUUGCAAUGGCACACAGAUAUAAUGGAUAAAGGUAUACCUCAGACUUCACUGUGCUCACAAAUCUUUGAGGAGAAAGUUUGGUCACCUGUUUGGCUUGAUUUAGUUACUGCUGCCUUUGGUUUUCUCCAGGAAUGAAGUAUUCAGCACAGUGACUCAGUAUUUUUAGUUAUUUUGCAUGGGCUGGUAGUACCUCUGUUAUGCCCUCAGUUACAAUCAAUUUAAAACUGUGUAACAGUCUUGGUACCUAACAGUAGCUAUGCAUAAUCCUGUGGCACAGUACACUCUCAAGCCACCAAUGCAGUUAAUAUGCUCUCAUAGUGGUUUUUCUAUGCUAUAUGAAAAUAGUCUUCAAGCCUUGGUUCUCUAAUGCAGCUACCACAAGAGGUUGAUAUUUUUAUAGUGGCGUGUAAUCUCCUUUUCGGGAGGCUUUUUAUGGAAGGUAGAAUUUGUAAAAGUUCGUAUGCUUUGCCUCUCAACUGCAUUAACAUGCCACAGGCUCAGACUGUUUUUGUGUAAAGGAUGUCAAAGAACGGCACUUUUUCUAAAGAGAAGUUUGAUAUUUUGUAUGCUUGUUAAGAAAGUACAGUAUUGGAAAUUAAAGGUGGACAACUGAUAAUUGAGGAGUAUGUCAAUUAAUUUUUUAUGUAUAUUACCUGUUUACUUGUACAACUUACUGUACAAAUUACAUGCAGCUUCAUUUUCAAAUGAAUCCUUAAAAUAAGGAAAUCUUUUUAGGAAAACAUUUAAUUUUUGUAUUUUUGAUUUUAAAGGCAUGAGUUAUGUCAAUUUUCAGUGUAUUAAUGAAGAUUUUAACUUUUCAUCAGGUUGAGUGUUUUCUUACUAUAUUAUCUGUUGUGUAUGUAGUUAGCAUAUUGUGUCACUGAACUGUUUAAAAAUCUAGCAUGUAGAGCAAGCCUGUUUUGUGGAAAAUCCUUAUUCAUUAAAAAAAUAAUCAUGGCAGAUUUUCUGCAAAAAAAAAAGCAAAAGCAUUUGCAAUUCAGAAUACUGAUUUUUUUAAUUUUAUUUAAAGAAAGGUAUUUUGCUUGCAGGAAAAAAAUACUACAGAUUCAUUUUAAUGAGAAUCUUUGAAAUGUAUUUAUCUUUAGGGCAUCUGGGCAUCUUUAUGCUGUUUGUCUUCUGUCUUUCUUGAAAUAAAAUGUACAUACGUUACCUUUACAUAUGCUCUUGCUCAAAAUUGUGAACCUAGUUACAUUUCUCCCUGCCCCCUUCCUUUUUAUGCUCAAACAGCGAAACCCAAAAUUUAUAUGAGAUCUGAACUUUCAGCAUGCAUUCUGUUUGCUGAAAGAUUUCCUGAUUUAGUGCAUUCUCAAAGGGCUUUCCCAUAAUCUAAAGGGAAAUGUAAGCACCUAUUCUCUUGUGCCUGUGGGCACUUCAAUAAUAAAAACCAACUUUUUAAACUAAUCAUCUUUUAUCAAUGAUUAAGUUGUUUUCAGUCCCACGCUAGGAGAGUUCCUUUAAGUCAGCUGAUCAAGCAGAAGAUGCUUCCAUAAAGAAAUAAACUAAGAAAAUUUUAUAUGGCUUGAGAAAAUUUCUUGAGGCCAAAUUAAUAUUUUUUUCUUCAUUACUUUAUUUGAGUCAUUUUAAAUUUGUUAAUACAAAAUUUAAGAUAAUUUACAGAGACAAUUUAACCAGCUUCCUUGCACCUUAACAUAAUGUCUUGUCUUCCCAUUAUCCUCUCUUUUCUUUAUCUGUUAGUAGACAUAAAAAACUUCCAUUUAGUUAAUCAGAGGUGUAUAUUUUUUAAAUUGAAAUGUGCCCAGCCCCUUCAGCUCACACAGGAAACAUGAACUCUUCAAAAACUGACUAGUAAAUGCAGGAGAGGUGGUACCUGGUGAGACACAGCGAAAGUGACCUGUAUACACAUUACAACUCUGGAGUACAUAUUAAAGUCAUGCUAUUUCCAGUGGUAAAUGUCUGACUUUUAAGACAUUCUUUUAAAUAUUUGUAUCAUUGUUAGGAUGUUUUAAUCAGUUGUUUUUUAAUUCCAUGUAAUAUAUGUAGCCCUCAUCAGAUUUAUAUCACCGUAUUUCUCCUUGUGUCCUAAGAGAAUUGAUGACAAUUCGUAACCAUAAAUUGUUUUAUAUUAGCUAGUAUGUAUAUUUAUUUUUACCCAGUGGCUUUAUCUGUUUCCCAAAAUUUGUUUGGGAUUUGUUGAAAGCAUUGUGUAACUUCUAUAAACGGCUAUUUUCUUGUAACUGUCAGUGAAA